GCCAGGGCAGCGAGAAGGUACCUCACAGAUCCAGCCGAGUAGAACCGGCCCGAGCUAGAAGUUUGAGAGGAAGGACAGACCCUUGGGCCGCACCUGCCACAGACCCCAAGUACCCACCAGCCAAGUGGGACUGGCAGCAGCCAGCCCCCCUCCCACCUAAGGCCCCAGCCCAUCCUCAUCGCUGCCCUUCUCUUCAGAAGGAUGUCCAACACCCAGACGCAGGUGGCCCCCGCACCCACCAUCCCGAUGGCCACCGCAGAGGACCUGCCCCUCCCGCCGCCGCCAGCCCUGGAGGAUCUGCCGCUGCCACCACCCAAGGAGUCCUUCUCCAAGUUCCACCAGCAGCGUCAAGCCAACGAGCUCCGCCGCCUCUACAGGCACAUCCACCCUGAGCUCCGCAAGAACCUGGCCGAGGCCGUGGCUGAGGACCUGGCUGAGGUCCUGGGUUCUGAGGAGCCCACCGAGGGUGACGUCCAGUGCAUGCGCUGGAUCUUCGAGAACUGGCGGCUGGACGCCAUUGGGGACCAUGAGAAGCCAGCUGCCAAGGAGCCGGUGCCCAGCGGUGACGUCCAGGCCACUUCCCGCAAGUUUGAGGAAGGCUCCUUUGCCAACAGCAUAGACCAGGAGCCAGCCGGACCUCCGCCAUCUGGAGCGGACGUUCGUGCAGCCCGCCGGCUGUUUGAGACAAAGCCGUUGGCUGAGCUGACGGGUCAGGCCGAGGCACCAGAGGCAACAGUGAAGGAGCCUGCAGCCAGCGGAGAUGUCCAGGGUACCAGGAUGCUCUUUGAGACUCGGCCGCUGGACCGCCUGGGCUCCCGUCCCUCCAUCCAGGAGCAGAGACCCUUGGAGCUGCGCUCGGAGAUCCAGGAGCUGAAAGGCGAUGUGAAGAAGACCGUGAAGCUGUUCCAAACGGAGCCGCUGUGUGCCAUCCAGGACGCAGAAGGCGCCAUCCACGAGGUCAAGGCCGUAUGCCGGGAGGAGAUCCAAAGCAAUGCGGUGAGGACAGCUCGUUGGCUCUUCGAGACCCAACCUCUGGAUGCCAUCAACCGGGACCCCAGCCAGGUGCGGGUGAUCCGGGGGAUCUCCCUGGAGGAGGGGGCCCGGCCGGAUGUCAGCUCGACUCGCUGGAUCUUUGAGACACAGCCCCUGGAUGCCAUCCGGGAGAUCCUGGUGGACGAGAAGGACUUCCAACCAUCCCCAGACCUUCUCCCUCCUGGUCCAGAUGUUCAGCAGCAGCGGCAUCUGUUUGAGACCCGGGCGCUAGACACUCUAAAGGGGGAAGAGGAGGCUGGGGCAGAGGCCCCGCCCAGAGAGGAGGUAGUCCCUGGUGACGUCCGCUCCACCCUGUGGCUAUUUGAGAUGAAGCCCCUGGACACUCCCAGAGACAAGGUCCAAGUGGGUCACCUGCAGCGGGUGGGUCCCGGGAAGGGAGAGGGGCUCAUGUGUGCGCAUCUAUCCAGUGAUAGCUUCUCAGCACUAUCCCUCUCUCCAACUGCCCCCCAGAAGGAGGGGGUGAAGGGGGACGUGAAGACUUUCAAGAACCUGUUUGAGACCCUUCCCCUGGACAGCAUCGGGCAGGGUGAGCCUUCUACCCCCAGAAAUGUGAGCGAAGUGGAAGGAACCGAUUCUGCUGGGCAGUCCCAGGACACAGGGUCCCCAGUGUAUGCCAUGCAGGAUGGCAAAGGCCACCUCCAUGCCCUGACCUCUGUCAGCAGAGAGCAAGUAGUCGGAGGUGAUGUGCAGGGCUACAGGUGGAUGUUUGAGACACAGCCUCUAGACCAGCUGGGCCGAAACCCCAGUACCGUCGACGUGGUGCGGGGCAUCACCCGGCAGGAAGUGGUGGCUGGAGACGUGCGCACUGCCCGGUGGCUCUUUGAGACCCAGCCCCUGGAAGUAAUCCACCAGCGGGAGCGCCAGGAACGACAGGAAGCAGAAGGAAGGAGUCAGGCCGGGCCCCAGCCUGAGGCACCCCUCAAGGGUGACGUGCAGACCAUUCGGUGGUUAUUUGAGACGUUCCCAAUGAGUGAGUUGGCAGAGAAGCAGGGGUCAGAGGUCCCAGAUCCCACAGCUAAGGCCGAGGCACAGUCCUGCACCUGGAUGUUCGUGCCCCAACCCCUGGACAGGCCGGAAGGCUCCAGGGACCAACACCUGCAGGUUAGCCAGGUCCGGGCUGGAAAAGGACAGACAGACAGACAUGUCUUUGAGACUGAGCCUCUGCAGGCGUCAGGCCGUCCCUGUGGAAGAGGGCCUGUGCGAUACUGCAGCCGAGUGGAGAUUCCUUCAGGGCAGGUUUCUCGUCAGAAGGAGGUUUUCCAGGCCCAGGACGCAGGCAAGAGGGAAGACCAGGGGUCAAGGGCAAUCCCUGAGCCCAUCCCUGUGGGCUCUGUGCACAAGUUCACCUGGCUCUUUGAGAAUUGCCCCAUGGGCUCCCUGGCAGCCGAGAGCAUCCGUGGGGAUGGCCUCCAGGAAGAGCAGCCAGUGGGCCUGUCAGGUUCGGUGCCCGAGAGGCAGGAGACUGCAACCCAGGGGACCCUGAGGACUCUGCAUGCCACGCCUGGCAUCCUGCACCAUGGAGGCAUCCUCAUGGAGGCCCGAGGGCCAGGGGAGCUCUGCCUUGCCAAGUACAUGCUCCCGGGCCCAGGACAGGGGACCCCCCACAUACGGAAGGAGGAGCUGGUAUCUGGCGAGCUUCCCAGGAUUGUCCGCCAAGUGCUGAACCGGCCAGACGUGGACCAGCAGGGGCUGCUGGUUCAGGAGGACCCCGCGGGCCAUCUCAGGCUCAAGCCCAUGAGGCUUCCAGGGGCCAACGGGAAUGUUGAAGAUUUGGACCUAGAGUUCCGGCAGUUGCUAGCUUGUGGCUUGGGCACCUCAGUGGCAAGGACUGGGCUGGUGAUGCAGGAGACAGAGCAGGGCCUGGUCUCACUGACUGCCUACUCCCUGCAGCCCUGGCUCACCAGCAAGGCCCCCGAGAGGAGCAGUGUGCAGCUGCUGGCCAGCUGCAUAGACAAAGGAGACCUGAGCGGCCUGCACAGCCUGCGGUGGGAGCCACCGGCUGACCCAGGUCCAGUGCCAGCCAGCGAGGAGGCCCAGAGGCUGCCUGCAACUGAGAACAUCAUUCAUGUUCCCCCACUGGACCCCAGCAUGGAGAUAGAGCACCUGAGAGGCCCAGGGGCCAACCCUUGUCCCCCACGGACCAUUGCAAAGGCAAGCCUUUUGGCUGGCAAAGAAAAGCAAGAAGACAGUUGCACUGGGCAGAAAGGGAUGGAAGCUUUGAGAAGGUCGGAGGGAGCCUCGACUACAUCACCAGGGCCUGGGGCAGCAGACCUCCAGGCCGCCAUGCAGAGUCUUCGGGUGGCGACAGCGGAGGCCCAAAGCCUGCACCAGCAAGUGCUGAACAAGCACAAGCAGGGCCUCGCCCCUGGAGCUGCCUCCAGACCCUUCCAGGAUGGUCUGCAAGCUCCGGCCGCUGCCACUGGGACUGCUCAAAGCAACACCAGGCCUAUGGCUGGAGGUGACCCCAGGAUCCCAGCAACCCCCAGAAAGGUCAGUGGGGAACAGAAAGUACUGCCCACUGGGCUGCCUGGGGGGCGGGUGACUGCUCAGGACGGCAUCUACACUGCUAACCCCGUGAGGACCUGUGACCUACCUGGAGGUGUUCAGCCCUCUGAGAGGGAACACCCACCAAGGGGCAGGGAGACUGCCCUCUUGGCCCAGGCUUCCAGCCCACUCCAGGAAUGCCCUGGUCAGAGUCUUGGGCAAAGCUGGGAAGAACCUGGGGCCUGCACACAGAGAGCCUGGGGGCCUCCAGAGAAAGCCAUGGCCGGAGUCGGCCCAGGGAGCCUCCAAGCUGCAGAGACCACCCUGAAGGCUGCCUCUUUAGCCCAUUACACUCUGACCUCUGGGCCUCAGGCUGCAGGUGCCAGCCUGCAUUCCCAUAAUGCCUCUGUUCCUCCUCCUCCUCUCCCAGCUGCUGUGACAGGACCUGACUUCCCACCCCAAGCCCACCAUGAUGAGGACUCCAGCCCGAAGGCCUCUGAGCCCCUGCAGGACCCCCUUCUCCACUCCCAGAGCAGCCCUGCCGGCCAAAGAAGCCCUGGGGAGUCACAGACAAAGACCCCAAAACUGGAGCCCACCAUCCCUCCCAGGAAGAAGCCCCAGCUGCCCCCCAAACCUGCACACCUAAGCCAGAUACCCCCUCCUCAGAGGCUGCCCAAGCCCUCAGCUCUAUCUCCCAGCUCCUCCCAAGGAAAAUACAAACAAGGUGAGACAGAGGCAUCCACGCCUCGGCCUGGCCCUCAGCAUGGCCCCAGCACCAUGGCCCCUGGGCCGACCAAGAGUCAGGCUAUGGGCAGUAAUGUCCAGAGCCCUGAGCCCGCCAAGCUCUCAGCUCUCAGCAGUGACCCCACCUCACCACAGCAGGGUCCCAGCACCCCAGGAGAAAAGCCGAUGGAAGGUUUCCAGCAAGAGGCUCCUAAAAGCUCUGAGACUCAGCAGAGAAGCCAGCAAGAGCUCCAGGGCCUCCUGAGCCAGGUGCAAGCCCUGGAGAAGGAGGCUGCGAGCAGCGUGGAUGUGGGGGCCCUGAGGAGACUCUUUGAGGUUGUGCCCCAGCUAGAAGGGGCCCUCCAGGCUCCUGCUGCCCCCCAUAAGCCUGAGGUCUCAGUGGAGCAGGCCUUUGGGGAGCUGACAAGAGUCAGCAUGGAGGUUGCUCAGCUGAAGGAACAGACCCUGGCCAGGCUGCUGGACAUCGAGGAAGCUGUGCACAAGGCCCUCAGCUCCAUGUCUAGCCUCCAGCCUGAGGCUAACACCAGGGGUUAUUCCCAAGGCCCCCCAAGGGACCACAGUGCCUACAAGGUCAGUGUCACGGACAGCAGUAGAGCCAGGCCCAAGUGCUCAGGCGAGGAGGUCAGGGGUCAAACUGCAAUCAAGAGCCAAACCGAGGUUACAUGCCAUACUGAGGUCCAGAGUCAAGCCAAGGUCAAAAGUCACACGGAGACCAGAGGUCCAGCAGUCUCACACGCCCCUUCUACCAGGAAGCUGGAGACAUUGAGAGAAGAUUCAGGCCUCCCGCCAGUCUUGCCUUCUAGCAGAGAUGCACCCUCCUCCCCAACCUUCAUCUCCAUUAAGUCAGCCACAAGGAAGCUUCCAGAGGCUCCCAGCCCUGGGGGCAGCCCAGAUGUCUCAGUGAAAAGCACACACCUGGCCCAGGAUGUGAGCCAGGCCCUGCUCCACCAGAAAGGUGUCUGGGACAAGGCUGGGGAAAAAGAGGUCACCCAGUGCUCCGGACAGCCCGAGCCUGCCCUUGCCUCCGCCAGCACCCUGCCCGGAGAGCGGCAGAAGAACGCUCUGGAGCUCCAGACUGGGCCUGGGGGCUCCCAGCGCUGUGCAGCCAUGAGAACUGUGCCUGAGCAGUACAAGGAGGCGGGCCAGUGCCAGAACUCCCUCAUCACAUCCUCCACCAUGGUCACAGAGCAGGCAGGGCCCCCCGGGGGCCCAGGUCCCCACCUCGGGCUCCAAGCCUCCCCUUUGUUAAAACAGUUCUUGCGCAGCCCCACCGGGCUCAGCGGCCACUCCCAGGCUGCAGCCCAGUGAGCCCCUCCACCUCCCACCUGUUCAGGGAACUGAGAUGGGUGCCUACUUCCUGCACACAGGAUGCCAGGACCAAGAAGAAAGGGCAUCUAUCGUCAGCUCCAUUAAUAGGCCCAGUUCUUGCAAAAGGAGAAAGAUUGGGAAAAGGCCCACCGAGUGGCUGGGCACAGGAGUAGGAUGGGGACUCGCAGCUGUUUGUGGAGGGUGUAAUAUGUGCAGACAAUGUGCUCCUCACACAGGACUGGCUGGCACGCUGACAUCCAUGAGUCUGCAUGUCGCUGCUCCAGCCAGAGCCCCCUGAGUGACCUGCCACCCUCAGCCUUUAUUUCUAUCAUGAGUCGAAAUGUUCUCAGCCAUCUGUGCCUUAAUUCCUGGAGAGGACAGGGCCAACUAGACACUGCAGCCCCUUUGUCACCAUCUCCAUGGGUCAGAGGGUCAUCCUGGCAGCCCAAAGGUCCUAGACAAUGUCGCCAAUCAGUAAUGUUCCUAGAAACCAAAGGUUCUGCAUCCCCACCCCCACUGCCCCUCACUCGGCACCCAAAUGGGAAGGAAACCGUCUGAAUAAACCCAAGUUGUAUUCUC